UCCACCAUCACCUGCACCGCCGUCCGAUCCCCGCCGGUAUCCCCCCUCCGUCGCCACCGAACGAUAAAAAUAACUGCUCGGUCUGUGAGCGUUGAACCCGGUCCAAUGGAGAUUGGUUCGGCCGGACGAUAGUCACAAUUGGAUCGGAUGGCCUAGAUUUCAUGUACGCUGUCGGUCGCGGACAGAUGAUUGGGUCGAACCCGAACCGGAAUAUCGUGUGGAGCUCAUCAGGAAUUUUCCGCAGAUUGAAUCUCUCUUUGGACGUAUUUGAAGCCAGCGAAGCAGUGCGCCUGCCUCGAGAUCAUCUCCUUCCUGUGCAGCCGCUCGCAGAGUCACAGAUCUCGAAAUCGAUUGCCGGAACACCCGUCGUCGAAUUUUUCAUUCCCUUCCCUACCGGUGAGUAUUUUCACCGAUAGAUCCGUUUUAUUCGCGUCUGCUUCAGUUACGAGCGAGGAUCAAGUGGAAUUUAGGCUCCGAUCGAGGGAAAUUUUCAGAUCGGAGGAACUCCAUUGGCUUCUCAAUUUGAUCGGUAAUUGUUUACUUGCGAAAAUUGUGUUCGCUCGUCUACUUGUCAUUUACGAUAGAUUUGAGAGUCACCAGGUGUCUGUUGUCAAAUUGGAGCUUUCGGGGAUGAGUAAUUCAAGGAAGUCCCAAUAGGAAAGCGUGUUUUUUUGGAAGAGAACUGCCGGCCGAGGAAGAAGUUUCCAUUCACGGGCCGAAUCUCCAGAGAUCUGAAAAGCUUUGGGCUUCUUCGGAUCUCUGGAAGCAUUUCCCUGAUCUACUACUGCAGUUUCCGCAACUAGCGGUGAAGACACGCAAUGGGGAAAGGUGGAGGUUGCGUCCCGAGCAAGAAACGGCGUCAAGCGGCGACUUCGGAGAAAACCGCUGCCGCGAGGGAUGCUCCGAUCCCCAUCGAAGACCGGAGCAGCGUCGAGACCACCCCCGCGCCGCCGCCGCCGGCCAAGCUCAAGGUUUUCAUCGUGUUCUACUCCAUGUACGGCCACGUCGAGGGCCUCGCGAAGAGGAUGAAGACAGGGGUGGACGGCGUCGAAGGCGUCGAGGGGGUCUUAUACCGCGUUCCCGAGACGCUUCCGGCGGAGAUCCUGGAGCAAAUGAAGGCUCCACCGAAUGACCUGAGUAUCCCAGAGAUUUCCGCUGCAGAGCUAGUGGAGGCGGAUGGUAUCUUGUUCGGGUUCCCGACGAGGUUCGGGAGCAUGGCGGCGCAGAUGAAGGCAUUCUUUGAUACCACGGGACAGCUAUGGAGGGAGCAGAAGCUGGCCGGAAAGCCAGCUGGUUUCUUCGUGAGCACUGGAACGCAAGGAGGCGGACAAGAAACUACUGCUUGGACAGCCAUAACGCAACUAGCACACCAUGGAAUGCUCUUCGUUCCCAUUGGAUACACAUUUGGGGCUGGCAUGUUCAAGAUGGAUGAGAUCAGAGGUGGUUCUCCGUAUGGUGCUGGUGUUUUCGCAGGCGACGGCACUAGAACACCAAGUGACGUUGAGUAUGCUUUUGCUGAGCACCAGGGGAGAUACAUGGCUAAUGUAGUCAAGACUCUGGGACAUCAUUGAUUCUUUUGUGCUUGCCAAAUCCAUUUGCUUCUGCUGUGAUUUCCCAUGUAUCUUCUGAUCUCUUCCAAUUUUUUCCCAAGAAAGAACCAAAUUGCUGAAUGCUUCUUUUUUUUAGUUAUUCUCCUUGUGAACUUGUCAAAACUUGGGGGUUUUAUCAACUUUUUUUAUUGGUUCA